UAAACCGCCUCGAAACGGUCGGCUUAUUUCUUUAAUCAGAUCCUUAAACCGAUUGAGCAGCUUCGAAGUAAGCCCUCGCGCUCUCGUUCUUCUUCUAUUGGAGAUUUCCUCACCAAUCUCAGUGCUCCCUACGAGCAUAUGGUUGCAUUUUGCUGCCUUCCGAUCGGCGGUGUUGACGAGUGUUGUGCUGGGCGGGGCAAGAGCAGUUUGCCAUCGCCGUUGGCGGCGGCGGUAGCGGCGAUGGGAAGCAACGAGACGCAUCUUCUUGAAUCCCUCACUUCCCGCUAUUCGGAAUGGAUUAUGGAGGCCCUCGACGAUCUGCCGCAUGAUCUCAGCUUCCUCAUCACCGAUCCGUACAUAGCAGGCCACCCAAUCGUCUUUGCGAGCCGCGGGUUUCUUUCGGUAUCGGGUUUUUCACGCGAGGAGGUCGUGGGCCUGAAUGGGAGGAUAUUUCAGGGCCCAGAUACUGACCGGAGGUCGGUGAUGGAGAUUAGGGAGGCGAUUCGGGAGGAGAGGGCGAUGCAGAUUAGUAUAUUGAACUAUCGGAAGGAUGGGACGUCGUACUGGAUUCUAUUCCAGCUUUGUCCGGUUUUUGGAAGAGACGAUGGCAGGCUAGUUCACUUUGUGUCUGUGCAAGUACCGAUCCCUCGGCGGGUUUUGAGCUGCACGCGACUUGCGGUGAGGGGAGGACUAUUGUUCGGGGCGUGUAGGAAUGAGGUGCGCUCUGAUCUAGAGUUCCGGUGUAGUCUUCCCUUCGAUUCAUAUGACGAUUCGGAUAAUAGAGGCUUGGAGGGGGAAGAGCGGAGGGAGGCUGGUGAUCGAGAGAAGCAGAAAGCAGUAGAUGGCGUUACAGAGAUACUAUCGAAGCUGGCGCAGUAUAGUAAGCUUACGGGCAGAGUUGUCUGUGGAAAUAGAUGUAGUCCCAAGGCUGGCACAGCUUCUCUGUCUUCAUCCUUGUGCACUUCUCUCGGUAGAAUCAAACAGAGCUUUGUAUUUUUGUCUUACAGGACUGAUCCUCUUUUACCUGAUAUGCCAAUCGUCUAUGCUAGUGACACCUUCUUAAGUCUGACAGGUUACACUAGAGAUGAAGUUUUAGGAAGGAAUUGCAGGUUCUUAGGCGGACCUAACACAGCUGUUGAGGCCUUGCAACAGAUAAAAGAAAGUAUUCUUGCCGAAAAAGCUUGCACAGUCCGGAUUCUGAAUUACAGGAAAGAUGGAACUUCUUUCUGGAAUCUUCUACAUAUAUCACCUGUUCGAAAUUCAUCUGGCAAGAUUGCAUUUUAUGUUGGAGUUCAGAUAGAUGAGGGAUUGAAGAAUGAUGAGCAUGGGCUGAGCCCAUCGAUCAGGCAGCUUGGUGCUGUGGGUGCAGUCAAGGUAGCUGUGAGGAGCUUAUCUUCAAGUGCAGGGCCAUCUUCAAGGUCCACUUCAUAGUAUAUACUGUAAUUGUAAGAUAGAGCAGGUAAAUUCAUGGCCUAGCUGCCAAAUUGUACUCUCUUCGAGACAAAAAAAAAAAAAAGUCACCUGGUGCUCAAGCGCUCAAUUCCAAGAUCUUCUUCAGUUGUAACAUGUUACAUUAAUAAAUGAGGUUAGUUUCAAUGAAAGUUGAAGCCCAUCAGUUCUGAA